UUAUUUUUAGCUUCUAAACCAUUAGCAAAGCGAUCUUCUUGGGAUCGCCUAUUCAAAAGUGCCUUUUAACCACAGCAGUCCGCCUAGUCGAAAAGGCGACACUGCGAAAGUCGCCUAAAUUCGACUCUCCAUCUUUUCCGUGUUCAAGGCUUUCAACUGUCAAGACGGCGUCAUAGCGACUUCUACAAAUGAUCAAAGAACUAUCAUAAAAAAAAGGAGAACUCAUAGAAAAUGAAACCGGAACACGACCACAUUCUGACAAGGACUCGUGAUUCAUGAGUCAGUACUUAAUUUGAAUAUUCAGAACCAACACUGAUACUAAAUUAAUAAACAACGCUUGAAAACCACGACAUUCAAGAGAAGACUCAUGGAUAUCACGAGCGCACCGCCAGGAGCAACGAGCGGUUCAUUCGAAACUAAACCAAGCAGCACAGGAGACACACCACCAUCGUACGUAUCUGACUGUGGUAACCGCGCAAGUGAGACCAUGAUUCCGAAAGAAGUCAGGAUAUCAUUUUACUGCGUCGUCCUGCUUCUUUCAGUUCUUGGGAACAGUCUGCUCAUCUUUAUCAUCAAGAGAAACAAGCGGAUGCAAACAGUAACCAAUUAUCUGAUCACCAAUAUGGCGAUUUCUGAUCUAUUAAUAACAGUUCUUGCAGUACCGAGAAAAAUAAUAGACGUACAGUUUGGGUUGCGAGGAUGGUUUGUUGACGGAACCUUCGGUUCGUUUCUCUGCAAAAGUCUCUCUUUCUUUCAAGAUAUUUCAACGGCGGUGUCAACUUUAAGUCUCGUCGUUAUAGCCAUCGACAGAUACAGAGGAAUAGUGUUCCCACUGCGAAAACCACUCAUAAAGCCGGCUAAACUCCAAAAAGUCAUUAUACCGUUGAUAUGGCUCUUUUCUAUGAGUCUUCACGCACCUUACUUCUACAUCUUUCGCACAAACACAAUUAAUGACAAAACAUAUUGCGUUCCGAGGUGGGGUCCCAGACUUGAUUUCAAGAAGAGUCAAAAAAUAUAUGUCAUGAUACUCCUCAUCUGUACCAUAGCCAUUCCGGUUUGUAUCCUUAUAUCACUGUACUCUGUUAUCAUAUUCAAUCUCAGAAGAAAUGGAAGUACAUGUCUGGAAUCUUCAAAUAGCAUGGCAGCACGAAGGCUCCAAGAAGACAAAAAAGUUGUGAGGAACAUUAUCGCCAUACUUAUUGCCUUUACUGUUUCUAUUACCCCAUUCAAUGUAAUUGUUGUCAUGUUUCAUUUCGUCUGGGAUUUCAAAGUACCUUGUGGUAAGGAGAUUUAUUUCUUUGUAGCCCCUUCCAUAUUUUAUUUGCAUUCAUUAGUGAAUCCUUUCAUUUAUUAUAUUUUCAAUGACAAAUAUCGAGAGGGUGUUUUGAAAAUCUUCCGCCAAGACUCUCAUCCCUCUAGAGGCAAACAAGGCAAAAGAAAGAAGAAAACGCCACGGAACUUGGUUGAAACUUCGAUGUGACCGAGGAAAGAUAACUUCAAAACUCCUGAAAAUAAUUCAUUUUGUCUCUCCAUAAGUGAAUUCACGCCGAACACGGUUAAAUGCUGUCAAAAAACGCGCCGAAUUUCUCGAGACCUAAGGCACAGAGAUACUCUUUGAAAAUUCGACAUCACCUUGGGAAGUUCAGCAAUAAACAGUUUUCUCCAAGGACAAACCAUGCUUUUGUUCGAAUUGACGGUUUAAAUUAAUUAUGAAGUUCAUAAAGCUGAUAAAUAAAUAUGUAACAUAACGACUCUUUUAAUAACUGAUGGUGUCGAUUAGCAUUUUACAAUUAAAAGGGAAGUUGGUUUAAUUUGUUCGAAGCUUUCAAUUCCCAUU